AUGUCUCACUCCAACACCCUUCUCCACUUCCUCCGCCACGUCUCCUUCCCGCCGGACCCGCACCUCCUGCCCUCCGCACUCAAGUCAUGCCCCGCGCGGCCCCUCGCCCGCGCGCUCCACGCCGCCGCCGCGGUCUCCGGCCUCGCGGAGGACCCCUUCGUCGCCUCCUCGCUCCUCCACACCUACCUCCGCCUCGGCGCUCCAGCUGACGCCCGCAGCGUGUUCGACCGUAUGCCGGAGAAGAGCGUCGUCGGCUGGAGCGCGCUCAUCGCGGGUUUCUCCGCGCGAGGGGACGCCGAGGCCGCCUGGGGCCUCCUGGACCAGAUGCGUACCGCCGGCGUCGAGCCGAACGUGAUCACCUGGAACGGGCUGGUCUCCGGGAUGAACCGGAGCGGGCGCGCCCUGGACGCCGUCACGGCGCUCGUGAGGAUGCACAGCGAAGGGUUCUUGCCAGACGCCACCGGCGUCUCGUGCGCGCUCUCCGCGGUCGGGGAUGUCAAAGAUGUCUCGGUCGGCGAGCAGGUGCACGCGUACGUGGUGAAGGCGGGGUGCAGGCAAGAUGCCUGCGUGGUCACGGCGCUCAUCGAUAUGUACGGCAAGUGCGGGCGCGCUGAUGAGAUUUCCCGGGUGUUCCACGAGUCAAGCCACAUGGACGUUGCGUCCUGCAACGCUCUUGUCGCCGGGCUCUCUCGCAACGCCCAGGUCUCCGAGGCGUUGCUCUUGUUCGGGGAGUUUGUGAGCCGAGGAGUCGAGUUGAACGUUGUGUCCUGGACCUCGAUCGUCGCCUGCUGUGUGCAGAAUGGGAAAGAUCUGGAGGCGGUGGAUCUUUUCAGGAAGAUGCAGUCGGAAGGGAUCGAGCCGAACGCAGUCACGAUACCCUGCGUGCUGCCAGCGUUUGCCAAUGUUGCGGCUCUGAUGCAUGGGCGGGCAGCGCACAGUUUUUCUGUGAGGAAGGGGUUUCUUCGUGACGUUUACGUUGGCAGCGCGUUGGUGGACAUGUAUGCAAAGUGUGGCAAGGUCAGGGACGCGAGAACGAUCUUUGAUGCAAUGCCGUGUAAGAAUGUGGUUUCAUGGAAUGCGAUGAUUGGGGGCUAUGCUAUGCAUGGGGAGGCUGCGAAUGCUGUGCAGCUGUUCCGUUUGAUGCAAAGCUUGAAACUGAAGCCCGACCUAGUCACGUUUACCUGUGUCCUUGGUGCUUGCGGCCAAGCUGGCCUGACGGAGGAGGGGCGUCGCUACUUCAAUGAAAUGCAGCAAGCACAUGGUAUUUCCCCUAGCAUGGAGCAUUACGCGUGUAUGGUUACUCUGUUAGGGCGAGCUGGAAAGCUUCAAGAGGCAUAUGAUCUCAUCAAUGAGAUGCCAUUUCAGCCAGAUGGUUGCAUUUGGGGGUCCUUACUUGGCUCCUGCAGGGUUUAUGGAAAUGUUCACCUGGCCGAAGUUGCAGCACAAAAGCUGUUUGAACUAGAGCCAGAAAACGCUGGAAACUAUGUCCUGCUUUCCAACAUUUAUGCAUCUAAAAAAAUGUGGGACGGGGUCAAUAGGGUGAGGGAUGAGAUGAAGAAUUUGGGAUUGACGAAAGAGAAGGGUUGCAGUUGGAUUGAGAUCAAGAACAAGGUGCACAUGUUGUUGGCUGGUGAUAAUUCACACCCCAUGAUGGCUGGAAUAACUGAGAAACUUAAUCAGCUUGCCAUUGAGAUGAGGAGGCUGGGCUUUGCACCAAGCACAGAUUUUGUCCUGCAUGACGUGGAAGAACAAGAAAAGGAUAAUAUCCUCGCUGUGCACAGUGAGAAGCUGGCUGUUGCAUUGGGCCUCAUAAGCACAAGUCCAGGAACACCCCUUCGGGUGAUAAAGAAUCUCCGGAUUUGUGGCGAUUGCCACGAAGCAAUGAAGUUCAUAUCAUGUUUUGAGGGGAGGGAGAUAUCUGUUAGAGACACUAACAGGUUUCAUCACUUCAAGGAUGGAAAAUGUUCUUGUGGGGAUUUCUGGUGAUGUUUCCUGCCUUUCUUUCCAGUUGUUGUGCAACUUGGUGUAGAAGGAGAAUGAGCAUCCAUGUCCCCUACCUUACGGUGGAUAUUCUUUUGAAGAGGUA